AUAUGUAGACUGGAACUACCUGCAAUCAUUCGUAGUCUGGUCGUGCCAUUCAUUCACUCGUUUGCACAUUCAGUUUGUUCCCUUAGUUCUACCGUAGUCAUGCGUCUGCUGUACCAUGCCUGGGCAUGGCUACACUUGCUGCACGGACAUGUCGACGCACAGCGCGUCAUUAGCCUCGCUGGCAACGGCUGGACCAUUUCGAAUCCUUCGCUGAACGUCUCUUUGCCCGCCAAACUCCCCAGCUAUGUCCAGCUGGACCUCCACGACAACCAGGUCAUCGGAGAUCCGCUCUUUGGCCAGAACAGCUUCGAUCUGCGCUUCAUUGUCGCCGAGAACUGGACCUACACCUCCGCCCCCAUCUCCGGCCUGUCCUCCGACGACGCCAGUAGCACCUGGCUGCUGUUCAAUGGCCUCGACACCUUCACCAGUAUCUCCUUCUGUGGCCACCAUGUCGCGAGCACGAAUAACCAGUUUCGUCAAUACUGGUUCGACGUGUCCGCCUUCCUCGCCAAUUGCAAGCCGGAAGAUCAGAUGGUCGAAAUCAACUUUGGAUCCGCUGCCAAGAUUGCCGACGACAUUGCCAACGAGCCGGGCCAGGAGACGUGGCCGGACGGGGUGAUGCAGCUGUAUCAGUAUCCGAAUCGAUGGUUUGUCCGAAAGGAACAGAGUGACUUCGGUUGGGACUGGGGCCCUGCCUUUGUUCCCGCCGGUCCAUGGCAACCAGCAUGGGUGGUCCAGCUGCAGCAGGAAGAAGUACAGAUCCGCAACAGUCUGGUCGACAUCUAUCGACAAGGCCAACUCAACAACUUGCCUCCGGAUCAGAAUCAGCCAUGGGUGGUCAACGCAAGUCUGGACUACUUUGGAUCGAUCCCGUCGGGCGCAACUGUGCAAUACCGACUCACAGACAGGGCCAACACUACUCUCAUUGCCCAGGGCGAGCUGUGCAAUAUCACCAUCAGUGCAACGGCAGUGACCGGCUUGACCACCAUCCCGGACGGAAGCGUGGAGCUGUGGUGGCCAGUCAAGAUGGGUGCACAACCGCUGUACUACAUGACCAUCGACCUCAUGUCUGCCAGUGGCAAGACGUUGGCAUCCGUGACGAAGCGUGUGGGUUUCCGAACGAUUGUGCUGAAUGGCAACCCCGUGAGCAGUGAGGAGCUGGCGUUGGGAAUUGCUCCCGGCAAUAACUGGCACUUUGAGAUCAACGGGAAACAGUUCUUCGCCAAAGGAUCCAACUUCAUCCCCCCCGAUGUCUUCUGGCCGACCGUCACUCCCCAGCGCAUCUCGAAUCUGUUCGAUACCGCCAUUGCUGGUAACCAGAACAUGCUGCGCGUGUGGUCCAGUGGUGCAUACUCGCCGGACUUCAUGUACGAUCUGGCCGACGAGAAAGGAUUGCUCCUGUGGUCCGAAUUCGAAUUCGGCUGUGCACUCUACCCGGUAUUCCCAGAGUUCCUCGCCAAUGUCCGAGCAGAGGCAGAGUACCAAGUGCGAAGAAUCAACCAUCACCCAUCACUCGCAUUCUGGGCAGGAGCCAACGAAAUGGAAAAUCUGGAGCUGCCGAACGCCAACAAAUCAGCACCACAAGAUUACCCACGAUACCAGGCCGAGUAUGAGACCUUGUUCCUCCACACCAUCCUCCCUGCAGUGUAUGAGAACAGCAAGAGUAUCAGCUACCAGCCCAGCUCCACCUCGAAUGGCUGGCUGUCGCUCAACCACAGCGCUCCUGUGGAAGAAAUCAUGAUCCAACGCUACAACAAUAAGACCGACGGCCAUGUGUACGGAGAGACAGACUACUACAACUACAAAUCCGAAUUCCUCGGCAAUACCACUUCGUACCCCAUCGGCCGCUUUUCGAACGAGUUCGGCUACCACAGCAUGCCAUCUCUACAAUCCUGGCGCCAACAAAUCGCCGAGUCGGAUCUCCAUUUCAACAGCACCACCAUCCUCCUCCGGAACCAACACAACCCUCCGGGCAACCUCGACACCAGCAACCUCACGAAAUCGCUCGUCGGACAGGCCCAAAUGACCACCGCCGUAGAACGAUGGUACCCGACUCCGAGCAAGAUCGACCCCAUUGGAAACUUCUCCGCAUGGUGUCACGCCACGCAAAUCUUCCAAGCAGAGUUCUACCGCUCGCAAAUCGAGUUCUAUCGCCGUGGCAGCGGCCUCCCCAACCGCUGCAUGGGGAGCUUAUACUGGCAACUCGAAGACAUCUGGUCCGCACCCACAUGGGCCGGAGUCGAAUACGACGGACGCUGGAAAGUGCUCCACUACAUUGCCAAAGCAGCCUACGAACCCGUCAUCAUCGCUCCGUACUUUGAUAGCGCCACGGGCAACUUGAGCAUCUGGGCCACUUCCGAUCUGUGGGAAUCUGUCAGCGGCACUGCGACCUUCGAAUGGUACGACUGGUCUGGUGCAAAAUUAGAAAACGUCCCCGCCGCAGAUGGAGCAGGAGCCGUACCCGUCACGAUCGGAGCUCUCAACAGCACCAAAAUCCUACAAACCAACACCACCUCCACUCUGCAAACUCUCUCCCACGAUGACACCAACGCUCUGCUACGCAUGCAAAUCUCCGUCCAAGGCAGACUGCCCAACAGCGCCGUCGUCCAAACGUUCCAAUCCGAGAACUGGUUCCAUCCUCGCCCUCUCAAAGACGCCGCACUCGUCGAUCCCGGCUUACAACUCCGCUACGAUGCGUACUCGAACGUCUUUAGCGUCACCGCGACCUCUGGUGUCGCGGCCUGGGUGUGGUUGGACUAUCCUGCGGGUGCCGUCGUCCAUUUCGAGAGCAAUGGGUUUUGGUUGGCUCGGGGCGAGACGAGGCAGGUGGGUUAUACGGUGCAAAAGGAUGAGACCAAGGGGACGUGGGUGGAUGGCGUGACGGUGGAGAGUAUAUGGAAUCAGACGCUGAGUGUGUAG